AUGGCCGCGCUGAUCGUCGAAUUGGCCGUGGUGAUGGCGCUGCUGCUGGUUGCGCCGUCCACAGCGCACGAAGGUUAUCAUGCGCCUGGCCCUCUUCCCCACCACCAUGCUGAUGCGCCGAGCCCUCAUCGCCACCAUGGCCAUCACGCUCCGGUGCUGGCGCCGGCGCCUGCCCGCUCACCAGGGGGGCCCUACCACGGUGGCGCCGGCCAUGCGCUGGCACCAGGUCCUCACAGCCGUCAUGCUCCAGCAACGGCGCCGGCGCACGCUACAAGACCGCAUCACCCUCGUCAUCGUCAUCGCCAUCACGCGUCAGCGCCGGCGCCUGUUCAUGCCAACCAGCCGGUCCACGCUCCAGGUCCGCACUACCAUGGCGACCACCACGCGUCAGCGCCGGCGCCGAUUCAUGUCAACCAGCCGGUCCACGCCCCAGGUCCCCACCACGAGGGCGGCUACCACGCGUCAGCGCCGGCGCCGGUUCAUGUCAACCAGCCGGCCCACCGUCCAUGUCCCCACCACCAUGACGGCCACCACGCUCCAUCGCCGGCACCGGUUCAUGGCAACCAGCCGGCCAGUGCUACGAGCCCGCAUCACUACGGUCACCAUGCUCCGUCGCCGGCACCGGUUCAUGGCAACCAGCCGGCCCAUGCGCCAACCCCGCAUCACCACGGCCACGACCUCGCUCCGGGAUCUCAGCAGCACCACGGUCGCCACGCGCCCGACGCACCGUCGGCGAUCCUACCGUCCGCUCCUGCUCCGAGUCUCGACGGCCACAAGAGCGACGGACAUGAUCAAGCGACAGCGCCGGCCUCGUCCCCUGCUCGCGCCGGCAAAGAGGCUCCCCCACCGAGUUACGCCCGUCCGCCGGCUGCUGAUUCUCGCCACUACUACCCCACGUCCGCACCAGCUCCAGCACCAGCGCCGGAAAGUUCUGCUGCUCCCGUCGAAGUCGUCGGUCGAUCGGCCGGGCUGCUCGGCGCGGUCGCCGUAUGCGCGGCGGUGCUGCUUCUUUAG